CGCCGGUGUCCAGCGGGGAGCGGGGGCUUUGAGAGAGGCUCCUGGACGUGGGCUGUGUGGGCUCUGCCCGCGCUUUGCCGUCCGGAGGGGGAGCGGGAAGGAGCGGUCGUUCCCAAGUGCUGAGAAACAAUCCAAGUUGGCUCCGCGUGUGCUGGCAGUGAUGCUGUCCGACACGGUCCUCCGUGCGCGGUGAGGUGCACUGAAGUGCGCUCAUGCCAGAAGACAUCCCCUGCCAUUCUCUUCAAAUACAGAAAUUAAUGACGGGGAGACUGCCCUAGGAGGGGUUCUUCCGUUUUCCCGUUUCUGAACCAGACGCGAGGAGAGGACGCAGCCAGAAGCGCUCAUUCUGGCAAACACUUCUGAGCUGGGGAUGGAUUUGCAGGUGGGAGGCUGCUGGUCAGUUUGGGAACUCCUGCAUUACCCAGCUGCUUUCACAAGGCACAAGGUCUCCUUGGUGUUGGUAGGGUUUCGUGCGCAACAGGUAGAGGAUUGGCUUAUACCCUAAGUAUACCCAGUGAAAAAUCUUAGGAUUGUGCUUUGGUACUUCGUGUAAGAAGUGUGUUUAAGAUUGCUUAAAAAAGAAACCGCACAGUGCCGUGCUGCUGCUCUUGCAUGAAACUGAAGUGCUCUUUGAGGAAACGUAGAUUUGUUUUUCCUCAUUUGCUCUCCAGUGCAGGUUUUCUCCUGGUAACCCCGCUGAAUAAUGCAUGGAGCUGUGCUGCGUAGUGGGCUUAUCCCAGCACUGUAAUUAACUAUUUACUUAUUCCAUUGCUGCAGCUUGUUCAGGGGGAUCAGACGGCAGUGCCAUCAGGCAAAGUGUGCUCUGCUAGGUGGGAGUGUGCAGCCAGUCCCACUGCCAGUACACGGCAGUUCCUGCUGCUGUUGGAUUUCUGUCUGCGGUCCCUUUUCCGUCUCCUUGGUCACAAAUGUAAGCCUGCUUCUGGGACGUGGCCCCACGGGGAGCUUGGGGCAGGAAUGGUGGGAUUCCUGCUGGUUUCCCCUUCCAGGGCCGGGGUUCCUCCAGCAUACCUAUGUGAUCAUCAUCAUCAUUCCCAUCUACGCAGAGCCCUAAACCCAGAGCAAAACCCACCUCUCCCCAUCUUUGUUGUUCUAUAACUGGUGAAAUGUCCAGAGGGAAGGAAAUCAUGGCCAGGAGGCUUUCCCGGGUCGGCUGCAGAAGCUCUGCUUGUUCUUUUGCUGCACCUUCCACCACGUGGUUUGGGUUCAGUGACUCUGGAAAUAAGAGAGCGGGAGCUGGUGGUACUCCAGGCUGCUCUUCUCCAGUUCCAGUGCUCGCAGCAGGACGCCUGCCUCCGUGUAAGCCACUUAGCUGUGAUAGAUGGCAGCUAAUCCUGGCGCUGAGUUGGGGAUGCAUUGCUUUCGCUGUGUCCUCCUUUUGCACGUUUUUUUUUUUUUUUUUUUUUUUUAAGUAGGUUCUGCACUAUUUAGGAAAAAAAAAAAAAAGAUUAAAAACAAAGCCUGUUUGUUCCUUGUUGCUCUGUGGCCCUGUACAGAUGUGGCUGUGCUGGGGGUGACCAGUGAGAUGGUGGAGUGGUGAAUGUUGAGGUUGCUGAUGCUUCUGAUGAAGCAGGCCUGGGUUUUCUUUUUUAAAAAGGAAAGAUAAAACAAGCUCCACUAAUAGACGUGCCAGCAGCUUGCUAUACGAGUACUGAGGCAAAUGCAGAGAGCUCAGCUCUCUCAGAGUGCAGGGGCUUUGCUGAGCCAUGGCUGCCGUGCCAGCCUUGCUCCUCACGGUGCCGAGCUGUGGUCUCAUGGCGCAACGCAAUGUAGAAGUGCUGAGGGAGGCUGGCUGGCUGUGUUUUGGUGUUACGAAAGGAAUACAGACUGCUUCAGAUGCCUGGAUGGCAUCCAAAAUAAAACUGGGGGAGCCAGCUUAAGGCUAAGACCACUUUGUUGCAUCUCUGUCAAGUUGGUCACUUCUGUGUAAGUCAGUGCAGCUGCUUCUGCCGGCUGGAAGCACCUUUCCUGCCCCUUCACCAUCUCCCUGCCACCCUCACCUGCUGAGCCUUCCUCCUAGCAAAAAAAAAAAAAAAACUAUGUCAGUGCUCUAAGCAACUUUGCAGCCGGCUGCAGUCUCCAUAUGAAGCCAGGGGAUUGACUAAAGUAACCCUGGCCCUGUUCGCUACGCCAGAGCACCAGCUGUAUCCCAAGGUACCUGCUGCCAUUAAAGGUAAAACAGCUGUGUCAGGUUGAGGCUGCUUGUUGGCAGGAGCAGACCGUCCAGUGGGCCGUGCAGCCUGAUGUCAGGGUUUGUGGAGUUACUUGUGGGCUGAGUUGCACGUGGAGCUUCGUUAUCGCUGGUGCAGAUGGACGAAGCAGGAUUGAGGGCUCAGGAGCCAGCUCAAGGCUGUCAAGAUGAAGCUGCCCAGAAAACCUCAUCAUUUCUGAUAAACCCAAGCAAACUGGCAGGGUUAAUGCAGCAUUUGGCUGCGUUAGGUCCUGGGACAGAGGAGACUUGAGGCUUCCUAUACACAGGGAGAGAUGUUGGCCUCUGUCUGCAGAAAGGUGAUGGUGAGCCUGGGUUCAAACCUGCUUCGUGCUCUGCUGGGUCGUGGUGCCGUCAGCGCUGGUGUGGCCGCUUCUUUUUAGGUAACGCUUGGUGGGAAGGCGUCCGCGCCUUGUGUGGGUGAGAAGUGCAUUAUUCAGCUGGAAGGGAAAAAUAACCCGCAUCAAGAAACCUGUCUUAAACAGUGAAAUAAAUUGUUCCCUAGCUGGGAAAAUGCAUGUUGAAAGUAUUUAGGCAAGCCAUAGUUCUUUGCAGCCUGGGAUGAAUGCACCAACAGGACACUGGAGCUAUUUGUUUUAUUUUGCUCUAAUGGAUUCUUAUAUUUAUUUAUUUUGUUCUUUGUAGGCUGUGUGCUCAACCGAGUAAAAAAAAACAUUUUUUUUAUCUUGAAGGUAGUUCAAUAAGGCAGCCUCUAGUCAUGCACAGCAGAACGCAGCUAGCUUAACGCAGACGAAUGCUUUGGGGAGCCAAGCAACGCGAUGUUGUCCCCAUACUGACCUCUGGCAUUUGGGCCCGUGGUGCCGACCCUUCUCCCGACACAUACCAAGCACCGUGGGCACUGCUGCCACAGGUUGCCCUUUCCUGCAGCAUCCUUCUUCUGGACCCACAUGGCAUCACUCAGCUGCACCUUGGUGGCUCCUGUGUUUUUGGCAUCCUCUGCUUCCGUUUUAGAAAUAACCCCAAAGCCCGGCUCCAGCGGCAGAGUGAGUGUGCAGGCCCCGCUGCCCUCCCCCUUGCAACCCCACGGUCUCUUGGAGUAUUGGGUAACAAAAACCCGUGCUUCUCUCCAAUAAUUUAACCAGGGCAGAUAAUUUUGAAAAAGCCCACGCUAUUCAUUAAGGAUGUAAUUAUAGCUAACUGCUCAUGCCAGGUUUUGGUGUGUAGUCAGCCAGCAGUUGGUGUGCAGCGUGCCUGGCUUCUGAUUCAUAGUCCCGUCCCUCCCCUUUUCAUCUGGUCUUUAUUUAUGUGCUAAAAAUUAGUAUUUUUUUGGAAAGGAAAUAUUUGCUGCUCUGUCCUGCCCGGAGUCAAGUCCAGAGACAUCCAAGAUAAGUCUGCUUCCUGGAAACGUGCUCGAUGGCCACCAGCACCUGACAAGAACAUCGUGUCUCUCCUGCUGCUCCACGUAGGGAACUGAAGCCAGGGGAGGAACUGGAGCAGCCCGGGGACGCCUGCUGCCAUUCAUUUAUUAGCUAACAGCAUCUAGCAGCAGUGCUAACGGGCAAAAAGUCAGUCCUGUUUUAAUUUUAAUCCAAUACUCUGCAUCCUACCGCGGCUGUUGUGUGCAAACCUGAAUCAUCCCUUGCGUGGGGAGAGAUUGGCUGUAGGUACAGGAAACCGCUGUAUGAGAUGCUCCAUGAGAUACUGAACAUGCAGCUCUGCACCAGAGCUACCCGAGUGUGGCAGACCUUCAGAGUUCCUUCUGAGGAGGGGGAAGGCAGUGUGUGGGGCCUUAUUUAUGCCACAAAGGAGAUGGUAUAGAUUGCUGGCAGCAGGAAUGGGAGGUGCUGCCUGCAGCUCAGGAUAGCAAUUGUGAAACAAUAACCCAGAGUUAUUUAGAAGCAAGCCCUGAGGCGUGUCUCUGCAGCAAGCUUUGGUGCCACCACAAGCUGGUGCCGUGGGUGGUUUGGGCGCGCCAGGCAGACCGCAGCCCAUCCGCUUGCACAUGGACACGGCUGGAAGCUGUGGGCUUAGCCGUAGUGCUGGGAGCGCUCGCUGCUGCUGCAGUGUUGUGCAGGUGAGGUCUGAGCCACAAAGCUCAUUCUCGAUGCAGCAGAGAAAACCUGCAGACAACAAGGGGAAAGCAGAGUGAUUUCAGCCUGGGCUUGUUCAGAAAGCAAAUGAUUUCACAUAGGGUUUUGCAGCGUUUGGGUGAAAAUACUGGGAUUUUAGUCCUUGGAGUCCAGAGCUUUGCUGUCUUGUAGAACACAGACUGGUCACUGCCAGCCCUGCUGCAAUUGUCGCUUUGCAGUGGUCUGCAGCCUUUGGGAGUUUAAUGAGACCUCUAAGCUUUUAGCCGAAUGUCCAGCUGUUUUCUGCUCGCUGCUGUGCAGCCGAGUGCUCUCCACCAAAAACACCUGCCAGGCCAACUGGAGCUGGGAUGAUUGCUAACGCAUCCGUUGGCGAUGUGUGCUCCACAUGCGUUUCUCCAUUCUAUAUCCAACACGAUCAAGGGGUGUCAGGCUCAGGGGCACUCAUUUAAUGACAUUUCCUUAAUGGGAGAACAAACCAAGGGACCUGGACUGCUCCUGAUACACCUUGCCACUUCUUUCCCAGCUGGUCACAGCCAUGCUCAGCCCAUCCAUGCCUUUGAGUUGCUUUGAUUGGCAAGUACUUAAAGUUUCCUGGGGUUGUGUUUUCACUUGGUUUGAUUUCUUUGUGCCUUUAGCUUUUAUUUUCUCAUACUGGAGUUCAUUUUUUGCUGAAUGCGAGAUAGCUGUAGCUUGCAGCUGCUCAGGUAUGGCUCAUGGUUGCUUCUCGUCUCUCCACCCAACGUGGAGCUGCCAGUUAGGGUGUUUUCCUCUAGGAAGUGGCCAUGGUGUCUGUGCUGCAGGAACAGAUGUCAGGAAAUGCUCAGGCUUCUCUAAUAAUAGUUGUUGCGCUGGUACAAGUGGAUGACCUGUCUCCAGUCUCAUCUGUGCUAAUUGGCUGCGGGUAGCCUGGCUGAGCUCAGUUAAAUUCUGCUUCUCCUCAUGUUGUAUCGCUCUUGAAUUUCUUAAAGCGGCUUUCUCUUCCCCAGCUCCUCUGUUUUGCGUGCCUCACUCGCUUCUGCCUGGCUCCGCUUCCUGCUUUGCUUCCAGUUCCCCUUGGCCCCUCUCCUGGUUGCUUUUCAGUCCACGCGUCUCCAAGCCCUGCUUUCUCCCCAUGCACCCCAUGCUCAGCAUCACUCCCAUGGACAACUUUGGCUGUCAUAGCCCCGUCGCUCCCAAGGCCGACAUUUCUGCAGCUAAACUCUGCGCUGAUUAUUUCUUUUGUUAAGAAAUUAAAUAAAAAAUACCCCCCCUCCCCUCCAGCUUUUGCACCAAGCUAUUCACAUGUAGCAAAAAAUAGAGUCGGUAUGCGAUGCUUGCCCGCAAUGUGCUCCAGUAGCUGCAAAGGCACUGGCAGGCACUUUGGGACCAAGAGCAAGGUAUUAUUUAUAGCUGGCUGCAGUAAAUCAUUCCUACUAAGGUUUUUCUUUCAGGCUGAGCCCUGUGUAACAUUGCUGCUGUUGCUUUUCAUAGAAAAAUUGCACAAAUUCAUCUAAUAACACGAUCCGGCUUGGAGCCCAGUUGCACUGCUCACAGUCAUUCCCUGCCGCCCUUUCUCCAGUGCAGUCGUCUUGCCCCAAAUUCCACUGCUGGAGCCCACAGAAAGCAUCUUUCUCCUCUGAUCCCAAACCCCCUAUGGCAGAGACUCAUAGACCGGUGGUGACACAAAUCUUGGUGCUGGUGCUCACAAUGCAUGCAGAGGUGGAUGUCUGUUUGGAAGCACAGCACCUUCCAGCCCAUCACUUCAUCGUGGCGACGGCGUGCCAUGAGGCAGAGUACAGCCGGCAGAUCCGCGAGCGCUGCCUCCGGCCCUUCAAGCUCAGUAUGGAGGGCAUCGGGCAGCAGCUGUGGUGCGACUGGGACGAGACCAUGGGCACCUACGGGGAGCUGACGAACUGCACGGUGGCGGUGGCCGAGAACCUCACUUGCUACUGGCCCAACCGGUUGGUGGAUGAGUUCUUCGUCGCCGUCCACAGCCACUACUUCAGGAACUGCUCCCCGUCCGGCCGGGCGCUGCGCGACCCCCCCAACAGCAUCCUCUGCCCCUUCAUCCUGGUGCCCAUCCUCAUCACCCUGCUGAUGACCGCACUGGUUGUGUGGCGGAGCAAACGCAGCGAGGGCAUCGUCUAGGGACAGUUUUUAGGGGAGAGCCUGGCCAAGGAGCAUCCCAGGGGUGCUAAGCCCCAGUGGUGCUGCUGCAUCUCCCACUGGCCCCCUCCCAGGUGGUGGCUUCCUAUUAAAUCAAUCGUUAACAACCUGGGGAUGCUGGUGGCAGUGAGGAUACUGCUCGCUGGGUACAGAGAGAGUGCUGCAGCUCUGCUCAGCCCUUCCCUGCUUCCCUCCCAGCACCCCACAGAAUCCACUGGGGGGAAAAAAGGAAGAAUUGGAAAAAUUUGGGGAAAAAAAACCUAGGCAGGGGUUGGUGUCCUGCCUGUGGUGCCAGCAUAGCACCAGGACGUGCCAUAAAAAGGACAGCGGGCCAGGGCGCAGCCUGGGUGAUGAGACCUUCACUUUUCAUCUUUUUAUCCUUUUUUUGUUGUUUUACCCUCUGUAACAGUGGGAAAAGCACCUCGUCCCCCUGCCCUUCCAUGGACAGGCUAUGACUAGAGGUGGAGAGAUGGGUGAUGGUCACUGCUUCGCACCAGAGGUGAGAGCGGUGGUGGCACUGAUGGCCUGGGAGGUGCCCCAGGGCCAAUGAACAACGGGAAUUGGGUGCUUUUCCUAAUUAAAUAAAUACAUGCAGAAGUAAAGCAGGUGGCAGUCUUUGGUGCAUCCCCUCUACGAAGCCGGGCUCUGGGUGGGCUGAGGGUCCCGAACCCUUCCUGCUGCCCUGCUGGGUGUUCUUAUGGGUCUCCUUUGAGGUCCCGGGGUAGGACUUCACCUUCAAACCAAGCCCAGGGGAGGGAGGAAGGGAUGGGGUGGAUCUUCAGCUGUGAUGUGGAGGCUAGGGCAGAAACACAGAGCUGGGGGAUUACACUCAGCCCAUGGAAGGAGGAUUUCAGUGAGGAGGCUGCUGGAGUGGGGCACGUGCCGAGUGUGGGCCGAGAGCAGCCCCAAAGCAUUCCCACCGUCCUGCUGGCCCCCACCACCUCUUGGCGGUGUUUCAUCCCUGGCACAAGUGAAAACUGAAAAUGCUUUCCCACCUGCUUGAGUGUGCUUUCCUCCCUACUCUCCCUGACAUUACCGCUUCCACAGUACAAAUCUGCCAUUAUCGUCUCCUGCUUCAAGGACCGUGCUGCUCCACAUUUCAUUCCAAAUAGACACAAUGGCUGCAUUCUCUAAAGAUAAGGCUCUCCCGCCACGUGCCAUCCACACAUCUCAUUUCCUCGCUUUUCUGGGCCUCUGAUAACACGUGCAGGAGGGAAGUGUAACAAGCAAGGCUGCUGCAACCCGCUGCAGCUACCCCGUGCCCGCUAAGGAGCGGGGGGCUUGGAGACCAGGCAGUGCCCCUUUUGUGGAGGACCCAGAGAUCCCACAGUGUCCAAUCCCCCCUCACUGCCCCCACAGCUGAAGGCAAAGGCAGAUUUCUUAACCACCAAAGAAAAAUCUCCCUUUUGUUAUGUUUUUCACGGAAAUAUAUAUAUAUAACAUAUAUAGAAUUUUACUAAUAGUACACAAGUACUUAAGUUACAGAUGAGCCUUGUUUUUCUUUAAACUACUUCACACACACAAAAAAAAAAAUACCGCGGCCCAAACGGGAACUGAAAAUAGCAAUGUAAAAAUUCCAGACU